GUGAGCGAGAAAAGUAUCCGGCUCAUCGGCACCGCCCAAGGCAUGGCUGCUCCGAUCACCUUCCACCUCGUCUCCGCCGCCGUUCCCCUCCUCCUCCUCAUCCUCCUAUCCGCCGACAGCCUCGCCUACGCUGACCAGGUACACGACAUGUUACCCGUCUAUGGACUCCCCGAGGGGCUUCUCCCCGACUCGGUCGUGAACGGCACACUCUCGGAGAACGGCGAGUUCAUGGUGGAGCUCGCGUCGCCGUGCUACAUUCAGUUCAGCUACCUCGUCUACUAUGAGAAGAUCAUCCGCGGGAAGAUCUCCUACGGAGCCAUCUCGGAUCUCUCCGGGAUCCAGGCCAGGCACUUCUUCCUCUGGGUCUCCCUCACUGCCAUCGAGGCGCAUCCGGCCGACGGCACCAUCGAAUUCAAGGUCGGAUUCCUCUCCGAGUCCCUUUCCGCCAGCGAGUUCGAUAGCAUCCGACAGUGCAAGGCCAAGGCUUUCGGCCGCGGGUUCUUCCCAGAAGAGUUGCUUCCGGCCAUUUCAGAGGUUUAAAGCUGCCACCGCUUACCAUCAAAUCUGGCUGUUUGUUUUCGAAGUCGCCAUGUUUUGUGAACGUAUAUCUGGAGAUUGUGUGAAUAAGGUGUAUCGUAAUUUAUAGAUUUGCACCCUGAGACCAUUGUGUAUCGGUGUUAUCUCUGUGUGUCCAUUGAACUAUUUCUGUCGAUGUCGAAGUUCUUUCUCAGUAAUAAAUGAUAAUUUAAUGUCAUGUUAAUAUUA